UGUUCCUUCGCGUGCAACGAACAACAUAAUUCCGUCCAUCCCAUCUCCAUCGCCCUCGUCACAACAACAUGACCAUGCCAUCAUAAAAAUCUCCGACAUCUGCGUCGUGGAUCCCCAGCGAAUUGCAGGCAUCUCGUGGAUCCCCCGCGCUCGCCUGCCCGGCUGACGGCUGGGGUUUGUCUUACCCUGGGUGCGAUACUGGCCAUUGCGGUCGCGAUGUCGCGACUCAGAAAUUUGUUCUUUGGCAAGUCCAACGGCAAUUCCAACAUUAGAGGUCAAUCCUACGAUGCUGCUGUUGCCAGAGAUCCGCCAGUCAAGGGAUCAUAUCCGGUUGCAGGCAAUGGUCCCAAUGUCCUGGAGGAGAUUCAGCGUUCCAGGGCAAAGAGGGACACUCGGAGACAAUCAGCUGUUGCAGCAGCUCCAAAUGUCCCACGAUAUCGCGAAGAUCCUAUCGAAAGACCACGAACCGCGCCAAAUGAUGGCCAUCGAAGGGGACUUGGAAGCGUGAACAGCAAUGGCAGUGCAAACGUGAACGGCAAUAGCAAUGGAAGGACACGAUCAGGUUUCUCUAUGAAAUCCCCGCCCAGCUUCUUCAGCAGCUCUAGCAGACGAAACUCUCUCCGCAACAGCACCGUCGAACCUCCUCCUACUCCUCCGGUACCAAAUCCUUCAGUAAGAAGCACGACUCCCAAGCCUCCGCGCGAGGUGCAGACAUAUCAGCCCCGGAAAGGCGUAGAGGCAGAACAGUACAAUGAUGCAUUCGUCCCUCCAUUUGCACGUCACAAUAGAAGUGAUUCGCAUGCAUCACAUAAAUCACAUGUGGAUCUGCUGGAAGCACAUUCGAAUAUUAGACCCUCUCGAGAAACUUCACAGCACCGCACAAAGGCAUCAGGGGUGAGGAAUUAUGGCGAGGAUGUGGCCGAUCGUAAUAUAGCUGGUUCCAAAUCCAAAGAGCGGGAACCCCGAUUGGUCCUGAACUCCCCAGAGUUCAGUUACCUGAGAACGGUAUAUUCCCCCAAGAAGAGGUCUGGCCUGGGAGGGUCAGAUGGCAGCCAUUCGAGGACUUCCUCCGCUUUAGGCCACGUUCUAGGCCAUGAUGAUGUUGGCCCCAGUGACGACAUUCAGCCUCAUACUCGCCCCCUUCGUCACGCAAAAGCUGCCUCUGUUCGAUCUACUGCUACGGCUACUGCAUCAAGACCCGGCGUGCCGUACCCUCUACGAACCGACUCGCCAUCAGUAUAUUCCUAUUCCACUAAUGGUGGUCGUGACGAUGAUCGUUCCACAAAUGGGGAUCUCGCCCACAAUCGAAGUGGAAGAGCAUUAUCACCCUUGUCUGCAUCUUCUAUACAAGACUCGAGUAUGCAUGAAACCCUUCGCCGACCAGGUGCUACUCCUGAUCGAGGACGACGAACGCUGAGAGAACCACCUCCUGUUGUUCCUUCCCCUAAACAGUCUGGUCUUUCGAAAGUCUUCAAGCCAUCCGCUGCCGCACCUCGAAUUGCUUCUGUGCCAGAAAACGUGCAACCUGCUGCUGUACCAUCUAGGACAUUGAAGGAGCCUCCACCAGUGGCAACUCCUGAGGAGUUACCAAGAGCCACUCAGCCAACUCACUUGAGACAAAAAUCCAACUCCAGUGCCAAACAAAGACGGAGGACCAUGUCUUCGGCAAGUCAGACCACGACCACUACGAACGGACACGCCUCCAAGGGGAGCUACUCUGCCUUUCCCAGUUCUUCGGAUCGUUCUUCGACCAGAUCACCAACGAGCGCGACCAACAAACGAGCAGGAAUGCUGAUUGAGGAGCGAAGUGAACCGAUCAGUCUGGAAGGAGUAGUUGACUUGAGCAAUACGGUGGACACGGAUGUCACCACUAAGACAUUACCUGGUACAUAUCCACCUCCUAUUCCUACCAUAUCUAUUCAUCGACCCCGACCCAACAUAUCACGUCCCUUGUCCACCUCACGCAUGUCAGUGCGUUCUGGGCAUUCAUCACAAUACACAGCACCUGUCCUUUCUCCGCUUCAUGUUUCCCCACAUGAUAUUAUGCAGCCACCAUCAUUCCCACCAGAAAAUUGGCCUCUUAUCCCAGAUUCAGAGACUGGUAAUUCGGCUGCUAAUAUGCGUCAAUAGCCGUGACCCACGAAUAUGUUACUCCAACUCGACACGAGAUUCGCGAAGAAAGAAUCACCCGAGAGAUCCAUACGCACGAUGUUUACCACCGCAUACUCCCUGUAAUCGAGACCGAGAUCCUUCCAACGAAGCACUACGUUCCGUCCGAUGAUGGGAAAGCAUUGAUUGAGAUACCAGAGAACGAACUGUAUAAGUAUACCAAACAUACAAUCACAGGAAAGUCAAAUGGAGACUGGAAUGUCGUCAAAGAUGGGAGGCCAAGGACACAAUCUCUCUCCCAAUCAAUCUAUUCUCACACAAAUAUCGACGAGGAUGAUGGUGCUGAUGGUCCGGUAGUUGGUUUGG